CAAUCCAUUACCAAUCCAAUGUUUUCGUGUUCUUGUGUUCCUAAAUUUCUGUCCGGAAGAUGCCUUUUGAAUCGUUCAAUCAGUAUAUUACAGUAGAUAACGUGUGUCUUGGAAUUAACGUUGUCACUUUGAGUGUCCUAUAUAAAAUUUACCGUUCCAAAGUGAAGAACUGCGAAGCUGUGCAGACAGCACGGCAUUUUGAGAUUGACAAGCACCUUGCUCAAAGGCUGACUGAAGAUUACCCAAAUGGCACAGCAGUUCAUGCCAUCAUUAAAGGAGAAGUCAAAGCUAUAGGCAAAAGCUUGAAGAGCCGACACGUUCCAGGAACAUCUGCAGUUGUUCAGCAGUGUUGCCUGACAGAGCACAAACUACAGUGGAGCCCACUUUCACGAUUCUGGUCACACACCCAGCGUGAAAUCCAAAGGAUUGUCAACGCUGUUCCCUUUGCCCUGUGCACGAAGCACAAAAGUGGCGAUGUAGCUGUGGAGGUUGUGGAUCCCACCGACUGUGAGGAGCUGCCUCUGAAAUGUGUCUACGACCACUUUAUUCCCAACAGCGAGGGACUCGGCGGUGCUUUUUUCAGUUGGCUCCGCGGCGAACAGACCAAAGGGUUACAGGAAGAAGAAUUCCUUCUGGAAGAGGGCACAGUGCUCUCUGGGUUCGGCACCCUCGUCUCUGACGGCACCUCGACCAAGUUGGUGCCGCCGGAAGAUGGCGUCAGCUACCACAUCACGACGCUCAGCCACUCGGCCCUGCUGUCGAAGCUCAAGUCGGAAUUGGCGAUCAUACGUAUCGGCUGUCUCAUCUUCGGGGGGACGGCGGCGUUCCUCACGUUUUACAUCCUGUUCACGUGGUGGCGCGCACGACAGGCUCGGGUUCAAGAGGAAAAAGACGCUAUCCGGAAGGAGGAAGUGAGAAAGGAACGAAGGAAACUGAACCGGGAAACGCAAUCUAACCACCCGGCCUGUGUCGUGUGUCUCUCCCACCCCGUAGAGGUGAUGCUGUUGGAGUGCGGCCACGUCUGCCUCUGCGCGGACUGCGCGGAACAAGCGCUUCCGUCGUGCCCUGUCUGCAGGGCUCCGAUUGUGAGGAGUGUAGCAGCGUUUUUACCGUGAUGCCUUAUUCUGUCAGGACAAUUCUAAUGUAAACGAAUUGCGGUUUGUCGCCCGUUACAAUGAAAGCAAUGUUUUUUAUGGACCAGGUACGUCAGCUCUAUGUUACCAAGCUUUUGUGUGAGAAGGGAACCGGCCACGCAGCAUCAGAUAUGCCCGCAGACUUUUACAAAUUCCCUGGUGCACACUAGGUAAGAACUGUCGCCUGUGUCAUGAUUUUACCGGAAGAAGUUCCAAAAUGCGGCACAUAUGGGCCUUAGAUCGAUAUGUAACAAUGGGGAAGUUGUGAACAGAAGCUUUAUUUUGAUGAUUGGUAGUUGAAAGCUGAAGUAAAUGCUUACAAGUUUUCACUACAAA